UUGACAGCCGUGCGCUUCAGUCCCACUAUGGCGUCUCAUCAAAUCAGGAUGGGCUUUUUCUACCGCCUCCUGUACCGGAAUUUAUCUGUCGCCAAUUGCUAUCUUACAUCUGGAUUUCUGUGCUGAAAGACGUCAAAUGUAGGCGAAAUGAAGGACGAGGAAAGCACAGCGCGGUCGCUCCAGAGCGCCGACACGGAGCGGAGAAAUGCAGCCGAUGUGGAGGAUGGCCGGGCGGGCAGCGGAGCAGCGCUGAACCCGGUGCUGCAUGAAGCGGGAUCCGACCGAGCCCCCGCACCGACAGCCCGAGCGGCAACGGGAAUACGCGUUUUAAAGCGUAACAUGAAGAGGAACGGCAGUCGAGGCUGCGUGACGCGGAAGACGCGCUUCGGCUCUCGAGAGCGGGACUGGCUGAAGGGCGACGCUCAGCGAGGCUGUGUGUGUCUCUACGGGGCCUCGGAGCCUCAGCCUCCAGCGUCGGGCCCCCAGACCUCCACCAGCGCCCAGCCGGACCUGAAGCUGGUGCUCUGCUCCACCAACACCACCGCCGAGGAGCUGUGUGCUCAGAGAGACGUGCAGGGCCUCUACCUGCAGCUGCACGGAGACUUAAUCAGGAGGCUGGACCCCUCCGAGCGUCCUCUUCAGAUGGUCUAUGACUACCUGACUGCUAUGGGCUAUGAAGACCCGCUCCGUGUCCAGCAGGAAGCCGCCAACUCAGACCUCAGCUGCAUGAUCCGCUUCUACAGUGCUGUGGAAUGAAUAAUGGGCUUUUUCUCGAGGCAUCAGUGUGUGUCAACAUCAGUGUUGAGGGGAUUGCGUCUGAUUCUAGCUCUUUCUCUUCAGUCACACAAAGGUUGCCAAUUACGCUUUUGUUCCAGCAUGCAUCAUGUACAAACCUCUUCCUGAUGAUGUGAUUGGCUGUUUGAGGUUUCAGAGCCAGAUUGAAAAAAAGCAUCAGCAAAAUGUGUUUUUCCUCCUUCCAACACAAACGUACUGUGGCAGUACCACAAUGCAUUUGUAUCAAUGUAAUACUAUGGUAUUAAAUGAUAUCAUGGCAUGUCCACAAACAAGGUAUUAUCCUAGUAUCAUAUCCAGAUAACCAUGGUGAUACAUCAUGCUUUUUUCACUAGCCAUUUUUGUCAAGAACGAAAGCCUGAGUAAUGAAUCAAUACGCAUAACUACUGUCGCAAUUUACCAUUAUGUUGUCUAUAAUAACACACACACACACACACACCAUAACACACACAUAUGGGUCAAUGAUGAAUAAUAGGAAUGAUUAUAAAACGGCAAGUUCUUAGAAAUACCAAAGACUAUAUAAAUACCAAGACGUUUAUUUUUACUAUGAAUGGGAGAAAGUGCAACUUAA